UGGCAGCGAAGUAGAAGGCAUUUGUUCAAGAACGAUCUGUAAUCAAAUGCCUUUGUUGAAAUAAUUUGUCAGUUUAUCUGAUAACGAACUUGUUAUUAGAUUUGAUAUGUGAACUUGUUGAACUGUCUUGCUAGCACUAGUGCCCGUUUCAGAUUAAUUGCUCUUUAGUGAAAAUAAUAGAAAGAAAGUAUAGUUUUCAUUUAUCUUCAGUGCUAGUAAUGGAGGCCAAAGCUGAAAGUGUGCCAACAUAUAGUAUGGGAAACUUGACAUAUGAAGUUCCUGUGACAUUAUUUGUUGAAAAUAGAAGAAGAUUAUUAGCUGAAUUAAAGAGAUUUGCACCAGAAGCAGCUGAAAGUUCUAUAAUAUUUUUGGAAGGUGGAGUUCCUGUUAAUCAUUAUAAUACUGAUACUGAGUAUCCUUUUAAACAGGAACCAUUUUUUCAUUGGAUUUUUGGUGUUACGGAACCAAAUUUUUAUGGAGCCAUUGAUGUUGAUACUGAAAAAUCUUAUUUGUUUUAUCCAAAACCUACUGAAACUGAUGUGAUAUGGCUGGGAAAACUUCCGAAGAAAAAGGAUUUUGCUAAGAAAUACUUGGUUGAUUACGUUUAUUAUACCCAUGAAAUGGCUACUACUCUCACAUCUCUGAAUCGUGAUAGACUGCAUGUUUUGAGUGGGAAAAAUACUGACAGUGACCUCUUGUUUUCCACUCCUGAUACCUGCAAUAUUUAUGACUUUACACAAACUGUUGACCACUCAAAGCUGUAUCCAAUAUUAGUGGAAUUGCGUGUGAUUAAAACCCCUCUUGAGGUUGAUGUAAUCAGAUAUGCUUGCGAAAUUUCUUCUGAAGCCCAUAAAUAUGUAAUGAAAUCAAUAAAGCCAGGGAUGUAUGAAUAUCAAGCUGAAGCUGCUUUUAUGUAUUAUGUAUAUAAGAUUGGAGGAUGCAGAGCAGCUGCAUAUACAUGUAUUUGUGCUUCUGGUAAUAAUGGAUCUGUUCUUCAUUAUGGGCAUGCUGCUGCACCAAAUGAUAAACGGAUUAAUGAUGGAGACCUGUGUCUGUUUGAUAUGGGUGCAUCGUACUAUGGGUAUGCUUCUGAUAUCACUGUGACUUUUCCUAUUAAUGGAAAAUUUACUGAUAAACAAAGGAUAAUAUAUACAAUUGUAUUUCAAGCAAGAGAUGUUGUCUUCAAGCAUUUAGCUCCAGGCAUAUCUUGGAUUAGUCUUCAUGAACAUGCUAUCAGGGAAAUGUUGCGUUACAUGAAAUAUGAACUCAAUUUGCUGAACUUGGAAAUUGAUGACAUGAUAGAGGCUGGCUUAGGUGCUGUUUUUCAACCACAUGGACUUGGUCAUUUAUUAGGAAUUGAUGUUCAUGAUGUUGGAGGGUACACCAACAAUACUCCCCAACGUCCCACUAAACGUGGUUUUAAUACUUUGAGAACAGUAAGAAAAUUAGAACCUGGCAUGGUUGUCACAGUUGAACCAGGGUGCUAUUUUAUUGAUGAGGUUUUAGAUGAUGCAUUUAAUGAUCCUCUGUUGAAAGCAUUCCUUACUGAUGAAAUAAAUACAUUUAGAGGCAUAGGAGGAGUACGGAUUGAAGAUGUUGUAUUAGUGACUGAAAGUGGCUAUGAGAUUUUAUCUCAUCUACCUAGAACAAUUGAUGAGAUUGAAUGCUUUAUGUCAACUGGAAAAUUGGAAGAAAGGGGAAAAGACAUCCUUAAAAAUGGCAUUUAAUUUAGCAAACUAAACAUAUUGUCCACUUCUCUAAUCUUCUGUACUAUGCUGAAGCUCCUCUAAACUUAAAUUUAAUUGUAAAUGGUUAUCAAGCACCAAAGUUUCAUUUUGUCAUAUUUUUGAUCAAAUAAAUGUUUUUUUCUUGAG